AUGCAGGGAAGGACGAACACACGCUCUAAAGUCUCAGCCAGCUUUAUCGUAGUAGAAGAAGGCUUUCAGCUGUUCUGCAACGAUCUCAAUAAGUUGCAGGUGAAUAUACCUCUGAUCAACCGGUUGACACGUCUGACACGCCAGUGGGACAAGACCUCCAAGUCACGCUUCAAGGAGCUUUAUCUAUCCCGCGCUGUGGAAGUCCAACCAUGCUUCAAUCGCGACGUGAUUAGCGAUCUUUCGGAUCAAGCAACAACUAGCAUCCAAGAACUUACUGCCUGGGCUGAAGGUGAAAACAUCCGGUACGAGCCAAAUAGACCUAUUGAGUACACGGUGACGGGUCAGGCGGUCAGCGUUGACAAUGAUGAUAUCGAUGCACAAUUUUUGCAAGCCGCAAUCAACAGCAACAUCUCUACCCUUCAAGACUGGAUCACUCGCUUGCUGACACCUCCUGACGCCAAAGACCGAUUCACGAGGAUAUUUCUGGCUGCAAUUCCUGAUGCAUCAGAGACCUCAUUGGCCCUCCUUUUGUCAAGCGGUUUGGUAGAUAUACAAGCUGAAGAUGAAGUUAAUGAAAGGAAUUGCCUGCAUGAAGCUGCUAUUUCCGGCAAUCAAGCUGCCUUGCAAAUAGGUUUUGCACAUCGAAUUGAUGUUUCUAGGCCAGAUGUAUAUGGAAGAAUACCACUGCACUACGCCUGUAUCAUGGGUCGAGUAGCUAUGGUACAGCAACUGCUACGGCUGAACCCUCGGACGAUAAAUGAGUCGGACCACGACAAAUUUACACCACUCAUACAUGCCAUUGCCCAUAAUCAGCUAGAUUGUGUGCAGGAGCUUCUCAAAUACGGUGCUUGUCUUGAUCCAGAGAACGAAUCGGACCAUGUGCCGCUAAACUUGGCUUGUCAGUACGGUCGGACCGCUAUUGUCAAGCUCUUACUAGAACAAACUGCAAAGUUAUUGCCGGACGCUGAGGGACUGUAUCCACAGCAUCUUGUCGCCAGAUCUGGGCAGAACCCAGAGACUUUGCUUCUAUUGGAGAAAUAUGGCGCAGAUCUUGAUCAACGAGAUAAAUUCUACCAAUGGACACCUUUGUUCCACGCAGCUUCUGAAGGCCAGGUCGAUUGUAUACAAGUUCUUGUAGAUCAAGGUGUCGAUACGACGAUCUUGGAUGAGAAAGGCUGUUCCGCGAUGUAUUACGCUGCUUGGGAAGGCCACCUAGGCUGCAUGAGGCUCCUCAACCUGGAAGAAGAAUCCACAGAUGGACCUCAGCCUCGUCUCAGGCAGACAUCAUCACUUCCACUAUCGGAGGAUAUAAUUGCUGAGCCUACUGGAGGGGACGGAAUCCCAGACUUGUCACUGCCUCCUCCAAUAAUACCACUUCGGCGUUACGGCCAUAAUUUUCUGGACAAUAAAACCUUCAUACAACUGAGCUUCGAAACGACAGGGUCCGACGCAAUCAUUUUCUACCAUGACAGCAAAUACCCGGCAGCACGUCUGACAAUUUCUUCCAAGUCUUGCGACGUCAUUCCUCGCAAUAUCAUGCUUCCUAUACAAGAAGACGCCCGAGUCGUCCCUUUUCAGAUUGAUGUCCUCGGCUCCUUCUCGAUCGACUUUGACAUCUAUCCCACGUUUGGAUCAAAGGUCAUUGCGAGAAGUGUUGCACUCCCGGCCCUUUUUACGGCGCAAGCACACAGCUCGGGCUCUUGCUGUUUACCCUUAUUUGACCUUCGUCUGCGGCCUAUUGGACAGAUAAGCUUUGCAUUUCAGGUCAUCAAGCCGUUUCAAAGCAUGCCAUUAGACGUCACAACCUUUGCUACCUACUGGAGAGCUACAAGUCAGAUCGAUAGUCACCCAAAUGGGUUCAUAACUGGCUCUAGCUUGUCAGGAAAUUACGUACAGCUCUUUGUCCAAGUCACAGGAGAUGGGAUUCCUGUGCUGUAUUCAAAGUGGUGCGUUGAUCAUCAGGGAUUGGACGUGCCUAUUAGCAGAUUGAGGUUUGGUCAGUACUCGAAUCUCGGCCUUCGAGAUAUCAACCAGGAUGAGCUGCUGGCCAGCAUUGCACGGAAAACACCCGAGGACAACAUUGAGAUCCACCACCUUCUCGCCUCGUCAUUUGCAAGUCUAAAAGAUGUGCUAUCACACCUUCCAACAAGCAUCCAUUUAGAGAUUCGAGUACUGUUCCCGACAGCUUCCCAAGAGCAAGAGCUAGGGCUUAGCCCCAGCCCCAACAUCAACAAUUUUGUUGAUGCUAUUCUCAAGGCGGUCUUCGAGCAUACUCGGAUUACCAGAGAGCAGACGCCAGACUUUGUGCGCUCCAUCGUCUUCUCAUCCUACAACCCCGACAUUUGUACGGCCUUGAAUUGGAAGCAGCCAAAUUGUAUAGUUGGGUCUUGA